CCCCUUCUCUGACCUCGAUCGGUGUCUUCUUCGCUAAUUUUUGUGACGAUUUCGAACGGAUCUGUUCGGUUUUGUUGCAGACCUCGCCAUGAAACGGGGGAAGUCGAAGGCGGAUACGACCAAGAAGGCCGACACCAGGCUUUCGGUGAAGAAGGGUGGGGAACGGGCGCCUAAGAAGCCGAGGAAGACGAAGGCCGCCAAGGAUCCCAACAAACCCAAGAGGCCUCCGAGUGCCUUCUUCGUCUUCAUGGAAGAGUUCAGGAAGUCCUUCAAGGAAAAGAACCCGAAUAACAAGUCGGUCUCUGUGGUUGGUAAAGCUGGAGGAGACAAGUGGAAAUCCUUGUCAGAAGCUGAGAAGGCUCCCUAUGUGGCCAAGGCGGCUAAGUUGAAGACGGAUUAUACCAAGAAAAUUGCUGCAUACAAUAAGAAUCAGUCUGAUGGAGGAAGUCAUGCUGCUGCUGAUGAAGAUGAGUCUGACAAAUCUAAAUCCGAGGUGAAUGAUGAUGAUGAGGAAGAAGAGGGAACCGAAGAGGAGGAAGAGGAUGAUGAGUGAGGAGCUUAGAAGCUACAGUGCAGUGUGCUGCUUUUUUCUCCACUUUUUGGCUUUUGUUUUAGUUUCUAUUUGAAUGGGAAGAAUUCUAGUAGAUUGUUCAAGACACUACUAUUUUGGCCAUGCCAUGUCUUUGGCUGUUCAUCACUAACAUGUACUUACUUCCAUCCAGCUCAAUCUAAUUUGUAGCCAAUUGCACCUCUUCUUAUC